AUGCCUGCAGUGAUCACACGGGGUCAGAAACUCAGCACGACGCCGUCUCCUCAUUUGAGUUCUUGGAUCCAGUUCUGCCUGUUGCUCAUAGCAGCUGUUUUAGUUGGAAUAACUCAAGUUUUCUUUGCUGCUAAAAGAAAACUUACAGGGAGACUUCUUGAGAGGUGUCGGCAGCAGGAAGAGGAGACGCAGCUGACGAGGGACACAGAGGAGGAGUGGUGGAAGACAGCCAAGGAAAAAGUUCAUGUUAAAUUAAGGCUUAAAGUUAUGCAAACUCAAGCCAGGGUCGCUCUGAGUGACAGGCUGUCUGCCGAUAAUGACCCGAGCUCACGGUCAGAUAUACCCAUCGCUCCGCCACAGCUCCACCCUCUCAUCCAAACAUGGGAACAAACCAGAAGUCAAAAGACGCCCGAGGACGAGGACGAGGACGAGGAGGCAGCUGAUGCCCGAAAAGAGGAACAAGAAGAAAAAGAAUCUGUCGACUGCACAGCCAGAGCACACGGCCACUACCAGGCUGACGAGGACAAGGACGUACAAGUGAAUAAAGAAACUGAGGAUCACUUCUCUGUACAAAUGGCACAAAGGACGUUUCAUGAAAGUGAGCAAGAAGGCCGAUCAGUCCUGGGGAUGGUGGCAGUGCAGGUCGAGAGAGACCCUAAGACAGGCGCCUCCGUCAUCAUGUCAGUGGCCCCCGUGUCCGAACCGGCCGGUGCUGCCCCGAUGUCUACCACGAUCUUUGACGAUGGCAGGAAAAGCAUCCAUGCUGUCGGCGGGUCGGGGAUUCAACCCUCGACUGAAGAGCUUGGGCAGAUCUUGAGCAUUGUCGAUGGCGUCGGGAUGAAAGUUCUGCUGGAUGAGGUGACGGUCACGCCAAACAAGGUGGAGACAAAGACAGAGAUUGUCGAUGAAGCUCAAGAGGGAGAAGUCCUGUCUUUUCCCGCCUGUCACGCCACUUCAAAAGAGGACAAGACGCAGUUAGAAAUCUCUGGAGGCUACGACUCAGAAGUUGAGCUGGAGACAGAAGGCUAUGCUCUUAGUUUGGGAAACAAGGAGAAUAAAAAUGACAGUCUGGCGGUCGAAGACGCUGCAGGAGAAGUCGAUAUCGUGGAGGAUCUAAGGUUCACGAAAGCUUUUGGAAACACCAAGAUUAAAAAAGAGGACAGCAUGGUGGUUGGAGAUGUUGCAGGAAAAGUCAACAUAGUGGAGGAUCUAAGGCUGAAAACAGCUUUUGGAAACAAGGAGGAUAAAAAUGAGGACAGUGUGGCGGUGGGAGAUGUUGCAGGAGAAGUCGAUAACCUGGUGGAUUUAAGGUUCAGGAAAGGUCUGGGCAUCACCAAGUAUAAAAAAGAGAACUGUGUGGUGUUUGGAGACGUUGCAGGAGAAGUCGAUAACGUGGACGAUCUAAGGCCAAAGAAAGGUUUGAGAAAUAUUGAGGAUAAAAACGAGGACAGUGUGGCAGUGGGAAAGGUUGCAGGAGAAGUCGACAACGUGGAGGAUCUACCGCUGAAGGAAGGCCCCGUCACUCUCGUCUUCCUGGGAUACACUGACGCCAACCAAGCUCAGAGCCAAGAGGACCAGGAAGGCAGCACGAUCGCUGUGGAGCGAGUGAUCAUCACCGAGGACGGAGAAGAGCACGUCAUUGGACCUGCACCGGCUCCAGCUCGGGCAGAGAAAGACGCCCCGGCGCUUCAGGAUGUUCAUUUGGACGAAAAUGGUGUCAAAGUCCAGAGAGAAGAAGACGAUAAGAAGCUGGAUAAUUCAUCUCCUCCCGCUGCAGCAGAUGGAGGAGAAACCACCAAGCGCAAGUCCUGUCAGUGCUGCUCUGUCAUGUAAGAAAUGACUGAAGAAAUCCUUUUUAAUCAUGUCAGAAGUGACUGAUGAGAGAGAGUAGACCACCACCUGGCGUGGUCGUAUGAGCGUUUUUGGCUUUUCACUUUGCCAAAGAAAGAGAUAUUUAUCAUGUAUUAGGAGUUUGUAACAGCUCUGAGGGACUAUUAAAAUCCACUUCCUCCCUCUAGUGGACAAAGUGGAGAGUUUCAACAUGCAGAUCAGUUCAUCUCAAACGUCUGUGCUUUAAUGGCCAAAAAUAUUACGUGUUUAACGUUGCUCAAAAAAUGCAAAAAGCCAAAGAACAGAGGUGUAUUUUACAGCUUUGGGCAUCAGUUUUUCUAACACCAAUCAUGGUUUGAUUUAUUAUGUUUACUUUCAUGUUGAUUUGAAAAUAGAUUUUAAAAAAUAAUGACGUGUAAAAUUCUGUGAUACUUUUUAAAAUUUCUUUCUACUCAGGGCUGUAGCUAACACGCAGUACAACUAACAAUGUGUCCAAAAAUUAAUUUCAAGAGGGGUUUGUACAAUUUUAUAUGCAUUUUACAUUUUGAGCUUUUUAACCCUUUAAACCU